CUCCCUCCUUCCCUCCGCUCCCCACCGCCGCCACAGCCCCGCUCCUGCCCGCAGCGGGGAGGGGACGGAGGGGAAGGAGAGCGGGGGCGGCCCUUGGAAAUCAAACGGCCCCGCUAUGAAUUAGGCAGCGGGCUGCGAGAGGGGAGGGAGGGAGGGAGGGAAGGAGGGGGCCCCCCGCCCUCCCCCGCACGGCGCCCGGCGGGAGCAGCGCCGCCCCGCUCGGGGCACACACACACCAUACACACACCAUACACACACUCACACCAUACACACACACCACAGACACCGCACACACACCGGGAGCAGGCGGCGGGGGCGGGCCGGCCGGCUGCCGGGGGGGGCGGGCGGGUGGGGGGGGCCGGCAGAUGAAGAUGGCAAUGUCUGUGAUCCAAGCGUGCCGCAGCCUGGCUCUCUCAACAUGGCUGCUGUCCUUUUGUUUCGUGCAUCUGCUGUGCCUGGACUUCACCGUGGCCGAGAAGGAGGAGUGGUACACGGCCUUCGUCAACAUCACCUACGCCGACCCGGCGGGCGGCAGCGCCGAGCUCCGCAGCGAGAAGAGCGAGUGCGGGCGCUACGGCGACCAGUCGCCCAAGCAGGACGCCCGCGGGCAGGUGGCCCUCUCCGCAUCGCCCGCAGACCGCUACGCCUGCGACCCCGGCACCCGCUUCAACGCCCCGGCGCCGGGCAAGAGCUGGGUGGCCCUCAUCCCGCGGGGCAACUGCACCUACAGGGACAAGAUCCGCCACGCCGCCGCCCAGAACGCCUCGGCCGUCGUCAUCUACAACGUGGGCUCCAGCAACGCCAACGAGACCAUCACCAUGCCCUACGCAGGCCUAGAUGAUGUUGUAGCAAUAAUGAUUCCUGAACCCAAAGGAAAAGAGAUAGUGAGCCUCCUGGAGAGGAACAUCACUGUGAUGAUGUACAUAACCAUCGGGACACGCAACUUGCAGAAGUACGUCAGCCGGACCUCCGUGGUGUUCGUCUCCAUCUCCUUCAUUGUGCUGAUGAUCAUUUCGCUGGCAUGGCUGGUCUUCUACUACAUCCAGCGAUUCCGCUACGCAAAUGCCAGAGACAGAAAUCAGCGCCGGCUUGGAGAUGCUGCAAAGAAAGCAAUCAGCAAGCUGCAAGUCAGAACAAUCAGGAAAGGUGAUAAGGAAACUGAGCCAGACUUUGAUAACUGUGCUGUUUGUAUUGAAGGCUACAAACCCAAUGACGUUGUCAGAAUUUUACCUUGCAGGCACCUUUUUCACAAGUCCUGUGUAGACCCCUGGCUGCUAGACCAUCGUACCUGCCCUAUGUGUAAAAUGAAUAUUUUAAAAGCUCUAGGGAUCCCGCCAAACGCGGAUUGCAUGGAUGAUAUACCUCCGGACUUGGAAGCAUCCAUAGGAGGACCUCCAACCAACCAGAUAACAGGAGCCAGCGAUAUAACAGUGAACGAGAGCUCUGUUGCUCUGGAUCCCCCGGUGCGGACUGUGGGAGUGCUACAAGUCAUCCAAGAUGUAGACUCCUUUCCCCAGGCUGGGGAGAGUAACUUCACAACAAGCAAUGAACAGGAGCCAGCAGUCAGCAGUGAUUCAGAUAUUUCACUGAUUAUGGCAAUGGAGGUUGGACUCUCCGAUGUGGAGCUUUCUACUGAUCAAGACUGCGAAGAGGUGAAGUCUUGAAAAACAAACAGAGCUCCGACACUAAACUACAGGGGAGGGUCACAGGGAGGGACCGAGUCAGCUUCCUAGGAUUUGGACCAGUCAUGCACAUGCCUCCAGAGCACUGUCACUCCUGCACACUCCAUUCUGAGAUGGUCACGAAAAGCAAUAGCAACAGUUGUGUCUGCCUGGAUGCAGUUCCGUCAUCUUACAUACGUUUGGUUUGUUCACAUGGGAGAUGAACACUUCCAGUUUACCCACGUGCUUGAGAGCAGUCAUGUAACUCUUCAUGGCUCAUAAAUACGCAACUGAAAUGACAGCUUGAGUGUUUUCUACACUUGUUCGCUCGGGUUUUUGUUUCCUUUUUUUUUGGGGGGGGAAAGACGUACGUUUGUUACAUUUGUUUGUUUAUAGUUUGUUAUGGAUAGACACACCGUUUUUGUUGACUGACGCCCAGCUUUUUCAAGAGUUCGAUCCAGAAACCUGAAUUCCUGUUCACUGGUCACUUCGUGAUCCAACUCCAGGAUGUGUCAUUGCCUGUUGCUUCUUCAUGAAGUACACAGGGCUUCAGAAGGAUGGUGCACCAGCACCCUGUAAUAAUGUGAAGCCUGCUUUCAUUAAGUGGAGCCUUUGAAACUGUGUAUUCUGAAGGCCUUUAUCUGUAAGAGAGCUCUGAAAUAACAAAGAUUGCAGAGAUUUGGUUUAAAACAGCAUUAUGUUGACUUUUACAUAGAGCUCUAUUUGAGACAAGUAUGGUGCAGUGUGGAGGGAAGGAAAGAAAAGCAUUAAGCUUCACCCUAUGCUAGAUGUAUACUACCAGUAGCGGUCAGUACAUUGACAGCCUUCCUUCAAGUUACAGGGCUACAGCAGGAAAAGAUCUAGUGUAACAUCGCAUCUUUGCUUAACUUUGCAGACCAGAUCUGCCCAGUAGAUCAGAUUCUGGAAGAGUGUCUGAGGGAUUUCCAGAGGGUGCUUGUUAACAGCUGUGCGUUAUGCAGACAAAAAAAAUGUUCUUGGGGUCUGGAGAUGCUGAUAUCAGUGUCAGAAGUUGUUGAUGAAGCAGGAGGCAGCUGGAUGAAAUGUUUACUUACCGCUUUGUUUUUGUUUUUUUCUUUCUGCGUUUCUCUUUUUUUUUUUUUUUUUUUUUUUUUUAACUGCAGCUUUUGCCUGCUUGUUACCCAACACAAGAGUUCAGGUGGUUCAUUGCCCUCCAGAGUCCCUGUUAACAUUGCUGCAAGCAUAACAGAAUACUUGCAAUUUAUAUAAGUAUGUAUACCAAAACAUUUUGGGUAGGGAGGAAGGAAUUUGUGAAUAAGGAGAAGUAAUGCAAAUCAAAAUGUCUAAAUAAUAAUGACCUGUGAUUAUUAUUAGUCCAUACUGAAUUAUGCUUUCCAGGAAAAAAAGCUUUUUUUUACUUGUUCAACCUAUGAUUUCAUUUUUCAAAAUAUUCAACUGUGAAAAAGCACUCUUAGCUAACUGUUUUACAAGAGUAAAUGCUUUCUGUUGACAGUCAGAUGAUUUGAAUCACAUUACUGGCUCCUGAGUAGGUCAGCAGAAUCAAUGAUUUGUCUUAUAUCGAAAUUUCAUGGAGAGGUCAAACAUCUUCGCUUGAGUCACAGCAGCAUCUCAAAAUGCAACUGUUAGCAUUCUUGCUAUAUUUAAUCUUCCUUGUGGAUUUAUUCAUUAGCUGUGGAAAACAGCUCCCACCCAAAAUUAAUUUUAUCAGAGCUUAUUCAGGAACAAAUGCAGUUAGAACCAUCCCUAACAUUUUGGACAACUUGCAUUUUUAUUACAGGAAGAAGGAAGAAUUAUCCUCCAUACUUUUGGUUCAGUUCAUUUUAUAGCUUGUUUUUUGUGAUGUUCUUAGUCCCUAAAUUGCGGGGUAUGUUUGAGGCUUCAAAACCAUGAUCCAGACAUGUGCUGUUACAUUUUUAUAUGCCAUUCAAAAGAACAUCUCUUUUUAAUUAAAGAGAUGCAAGCAGCUGGAAAUCUGUUGUAAAAAGGAAGUUAGAGACUGUUCCGGAGGGUGCGGCUGAGUCACUCUCGCCAAUAGUUGUGGUUCUGUUAUCACAUUUUCCUUAUUCUUUAAUACCUCCUCUGUUCCCUGCCACUCUGGGAAAGGCCCACACUGUCAGGGGAACCGAUGCUGAAAUCUACCCCUUCACAAGAGUUCACACAAGGUACCAAUCACAUCAGCUCCACUUAAGCUCUGGAAGUAAUGCUGAAGUAGGAUUUAAGUGGUGCUUAUACCUCAUACUGGCCCUCCACAUAGGAGGGAAAUUCAUUGAGAGUGACUUCAGGGGAAAGAGAAGCUGGUUAUAUACCCAGUCAGGGCUCCCUACGGAAAGAACACACACCGGCACAGUUUCUUCCCUAGCGCUGGAGCCUGGGUGCUACAUGUCACAGGAACAUCACGAACACGAUGUCCAAGUUGUCAGUGAUCCUCUAACAUCUGCCUGCGGCACCCAGCAUGCAAACAGAACUCCUGGCUGAGUCAUUUGGGUUGCAGAGGACCUGUCACAAAGUCUUCAUUUUAUUUUACAAGCUGAAUUAACUUAAUGGACAAAAUGACGGAGUCCCCCACAGCACAGCAGAGCAAGCGAGGUCUGCGUUUGCACAAGAGGCUGGAGUGAAAAAAAAAAAAAAAAAAGGAAAACAAAAAAAAGCAAGGCAGGAGGUGAUGCUGAAGUGGGUCAUUUGCAGGCAAAAUCCAUAAAGGGAGCUGUGCGCAACAGGACAGCACACAGACUGUAACUGCAACCCUCCCCAUAUCUCUAGAAGCUGGGAAAAGGUUUGGGGGAGGGAUCACACUCUGCAUGCUCUUUCUAUAAGUAUCCCAUCCUAGACCUGGUCCUUAAGGGGCCAAGGCUGGCCAGGGACAGGGUGCUAGGCUGGGUGAGAUGAUUUUGUGCACCACCAUAUUAUGGUCUUUCAGAAGAGUCAUCCUAGCAAAUCUGGGUCAGGAGACUUUCAUCUUUUGUUUUCCAAAUUCUGCAGUUUUGCUCAGGAAAGAUGUUUCUGUCUCUCUCCUCAGGUGUUGUGUAGCUCUGAGUGCUGUUAUGUGAUAACAAGUGCAAGGCCAGGUUACACAGCACUGAGGGCAGAACUUAGAAAAGCACUUAAGUAAAUGUUUUAAUCCGUCCUUGUUCAGAAAAGCACUUAAGGCUAAUGUUGGACUUGCUCUGAAAUCACAUUAUUUUCAACAGGUCUUCUAUAGCAUACUUAAGACUGAGUCAAGUGGAAAUGUUUUCCUAAAGCAGGUCCUGGCUCAAAUGUCCUUUGUGUAUAUAACCUGUGAAAUGCCUUGGCAAUUUGAGGUGCUUCAUGAAUAUUAAGACCCCAGAGGUAUGUCUGUAACACAUGUGAAAGCCUUAAUUCUGCAGACCCUUGUGCCCAUGCAGUUUUGCCUACGUGAAUCCCUCCCCUGUGAUUCCUCUUAGGGUAAAACUAAAUCUCCUCAUCAGCAGGUUUGGGCACGAUCAGUCCCUUCCUGAACGUUUUGUGAUUCCUCUGUACUGCUGCCCGCCACACCAGGGCUCUGGCAUUAAAUAGGUGGGAUUCGGAUGCUGUGGGCACAGCCCUGCCUGCUCAGAACAGAGAGCAGCCUUUAGCAUGCAGCCAGGAGGAAAAAAAAAAAAAAGUGCUCAGGUGUGUAAUUCUGCACACUCGUGCCGUGAUGUGGAUGGCUUUGCUUACAGCAGCCACUGCCUGACAGCACAGCUGGGAUGGGGGGCGCCUCCUGCACGGGGCUGGUGGCCAGAAGGAAGCACAGCUCUGAGAAAUGUUCUUGUCACUAGGCUCAUUGUGUGUCUGUGUAAACUCUUCCUGUUCCUGUCACCUGAGGCUCUUUUCUCUUAUUUCCCGUUGGUGAGCACAGUGCGGAAAAAGCGCCAGCUUGUCUUCACUCUGGCUGGGUUGCAGGAGGAAAGCUGGACAGGCAGAGCCUGAGUUCCCUUUGGUUUUCAUGGGUUUCACUGAACUGCUUUCCCAAAGGCCCGUUCAAUAGGUAGAAGACGUAAAAAGUUGCAUGGGCAGAGUUUUGUGCUCAAAACCAAUCUCAUGUGUGCAUGUUGAUGUACAAGACACCAGUUCUGCUGCUUCCCUUCCUCAGCUCACCCAUUCUGCUGCAGGCACAGGUCUGGCACUUGCUGAGAGUUCGAGGUUUGUUUUUUUCCCAACUGCAUCAAAGCCUCAAAAACAGGACAGGGACAAUGGUAGCAUGCAGUUUGUUCUUAAAGCAGUCUAUAGAAUUAAAAUUCCACAUACACAUAUACAAGUACAUUGAUACAGCUAUGGAAACUGCAUUGUAGUGAAAACAGAAGCUGCUGCCAUAUUUAGAGUGUUUCCAUAUGUGAGAGAAGCUGGCAAUAAAGAAAAAGGCUUUAUAGAAGUAACUUGAAAAAAAUACUGAGAUCGUAUACUAUGAGAGGUCCCUAGGAUCUCACUGCUUUAAUUUAGUGACGUCUGGGUCAGGUCCAGAGAAUGCUGUUGUAAGAAAGUCCAUACCUUGUCUCUUGUUGAAUGCCCAGUUUGUGAUACCUCCUUACUUUGUUAACAAAAUGAACCCAAGCACUGGAGACAGAUCUAGCUCAGAAUUCAAUGUUUCACAAGGAAUAUGCAUUUUGUGAUCCGAAGUCUUUGUUGUUGCACCUGUUAAUCCACCCUCUUUUCCCCUUUGCUAAAUAAAAAGAAACGCUUGUCCAACAUGAAAAAUGUUGAGCUCAGAAGAUGUUUGCAUACAGAAGAAUUGCCAUGGCAGGUAUCUGCAGAUCACUUAACACCUCUACAUGCUUUUAGUCAUCAGUACACAGUGACAGAUUUUCUGUAAAACAUGUUACAUUUCCCAUUCUGGUUAAACCUGGAGUGCAGUCAUCAUAUGAAUUUUCCAUUUUUUUGCCUUACAAACUUUUUCCUUUGAAUGUAUGCUGCAGCCCCUUGAGGGGAUUCAGUGCUUAACGGGCAAAGAUGAGGGCACGAGCCUUCGUGGAUAAUCUCCAGGCUGCAAGCCCUUGUUGUGACAAUUGGUCUGUACUGAAACAACAACACAGGUUAUGCUCAGUAGCGGGAGAUGCCUUUCAGCCUGGGCAGCGGGCAGCUCCUAGGUUGUGUUUGUAAGAGGCUUGUUCCUUCCUGGUCAUUGUCCAUAGAAAGCUGAUGAGCAUAGAGUGUGAAAUAAGCCAGGAGUGCGAGUUUACAGUCUGUGCAAACCAAGAAAACUGAUAGUCAUUUAUGGCCUUCUAAUUCACUAGCAAUAAUGGAGAUUUUUUAUUUUUUUUAACCCAUUGUUCUUGUAGAGCCCGCUUGUAGGUUGAAAGGUUGAAUGUUACUGGUCUGCUAAAGCUGUGGGCCAGGAUGAGUCCAAACAGAAGCAGGAGGACGUGGUUUGCUCUUGCGAUGCAUCUGUUUUGCAGGACUGAAGCAGCAGAGAAAAGCAGCCUGUUUCUUGCCAGCCCCAGGCACGAAGGAUUGUGCUAACGUGAGCCUUGGCAGCAGGGAGGGGAAACAGUGGGAUCAAACUAAGGCUGUGCAGAUCCUACCCUCGCCCCUCUCUGGUAACUUCACACUGACCUCGCGUAGCGCCCAGCCGGAGGGAGGCAGCUGCAGUGCAGAGGAUCAGCGCCUUUGGGUGCACCCUGUGCAUCAUCCUGGUAGCAUAGAAGGGCUCACGGAUAAAUGUCCUGCAGUACGGCUCAGCGUGGGGGCUGAGGAAGAGGCAGGCCCUGGGCUUCGGGCAGAUUCAGGGGAACCCAACCACUUCAUAAGCAGGGCUGCUGCUUCACUGAGGAGCACUGAGUGCAAACAGGCUCGUUUGGUUUACAGAUGCAGUGUUUGAGCGUAUAUGGGGCAACCGGUCUGACAGAUAGAAAUCAAUUCAGUUCAAGCAGCAGCAAACACCAACAUAAGGAAAUAUUUUAGGAGAAAGGGAAAAUGAGGGUGGAGGUGUUUUAGCAGACUUUUUGAAUAGGGACAAUUGAUCCAAGACAAGCAGUCCUUUCCUUCAGACAAGCCCUUACCUGAACUAAUUGAUAGCUCCGCAGCUGGCAGGGGAGCCAGGUGGGCUUGCGGCUGCGGGUGCAGCAGCUGGGGGCGCCGAGCGAGGGCCAAGGGUGCCCUCUGCUGCGCAGCUGCCACCCACCAGGCAGGAGCAGCUCCCAGCGCUUUAUCUUCCCUGGCACUUCUGUUCUGUGGAGAAAAAAAUAAAAUAAAAUAAAAAUAAAUAAAUAAAAGCUUUCUGAGCACAAGCUGUAUUUCAAAGAGAGAAACAGAGGAGAUGAGAGGAAUGAAAGGCGUUGUGGAGUUUGAAUGGAAAGUCAACGGAUGAGUUUUCCAUCUGAAAUUAAUCUUGCCCCUCCCAACUAUUUUAAUUGUGAAUUGGUGGAAGUUUGUUCUUUCUGGAGUGAAUGCCGAAAAAAAAAGACAAAAAGAAGAAACAGAAUUUUCCCUUUUUAUUUCCUGAUUUUUCAGUCCUAUGUAGUGUUAAAAAUAACAAGAUCAAGGCGCUUGGUUGCUCUGAAUGUAUACGGUUAUUAUAGAUGUCAAUAUCUAAAUGUUUUGUAUGUACGUAAUACCACCCUCACUUCUUGUUUCAUGUUUAGGAACCUGAAAUGACUGUACCAUUUUGUAACUAGAAAUGUAAAGAGGGGAUGGGGUGGGAGGGUCUGUUAUUUUUAUAGCAAGAUGUUCCUUGUAUUUAGCGAGCAUUUAAAAUGGUUUUGUACUUGUCCAAAUAUACAUUCCAUCCAUUUCCAGAAGAGAAUUAUUUUUAUUUAGAGUAGUUUAUAAGCAAACCAAAAAAAAUAAUAAAAUAAAAUACAAUGUCCCAUUUGUACACAGUUCAUGAACAUAGCAGAAAUAUUCUGUUUUCCAGUGAUGGCUCCAAAGUUUUUCCAACAAUGUCUUCUCUCACACACUGCACAGCCAUACCAGCAAAUGCCAAUAUUAAAAAGGGAAGGAAAAAAAAAAAAAAAAAAAGAACAAAAUAAAUACCAUAUGCAUCAGCAUACAGCUUACCAAAAUAAUUUCCAGUUAGGAGACAAUGUUCUGUAUCAGUGAAAUUCUCCCAGGCUGCUGUCGGUCCAGUUGCGGACACUGGGAGCGGCUCUGCUUCAGCCCUGCCCCUGCCCAGCGGGGCUGAUAGCCCGAGGAAGCUGGGGGGACGUGGCAGGGUUGUUGCACACAUGCACGCACACACACACACGUGUGAACUCACUGGCACGCCGCAUCUUCUGUUGUCUGCAGGUCCGUCAGGACCAGGGCCUGUUCUUGGCUGAAGCUCUUGCUGGUACUGCCGGCGCUUUCUGUAGCCUGACCGUGUUGUGCUGUUUGUGACGGUGGGAACUACCCUUCAGCUCCACGAAUAAAAUAAAGUUCCUUUCUUCAGGUUGCUACACUUUGGUGUAGGAAACACCUAGAGAAAGACCAGGGCAAAAUCAUACUGUAGCAUUUGCAUAGGCAGUUCUUUUCCUUAGCUUUUUUUUUUUCCUGCUACCUGUGAAUUUGCUGCCAAAACAGAGCAGUAGCAGUUUGUGAAGCAAGCCUUUUUUUCUGUACAGCAUUGCACAUAUAGUUUAACUCUUUGCUGAUACUUUGUAAUGUGUACAUCUUCCCUUUCAAUGCACUUUAUCUCUUGAAAAAUGUGGGAGUCAGAGAGCUACCACCUUAAAGGGAUUUGCCUGAAAUCAUGGGGCACACACUUUUUUUUUUCAUCUUGCUUUGUUAUAUACUGUAAAUGCUAAAGAGCAUGGACAGUGACUCAGCUGGGGGAAGUACCAAAAUGUUAAGGCUAAUAUUUGAAGCGUUAUUCAGUAGUACAACACGGCUAUUUUUGUUAUAUAGAAGAUUAUAAUGUAAAUAUGUGAGACUGUGUUAUUAUGUACUAGUAAAAUAUUGCAACUAUCAAAGUUAAGAUUGUGAAUUCUGAGGAAUUUUAUUGCAAGUUUUUUAAUAAAACGAAUCUGAUUA